CUUAAACAUAUUGUGCUGUUUAAAAAAAAAAAUAUAUAUUCUCUCUCUGUCUCGCGAUGGAAGCUCAACACCUUCAUGGCAAACCCCAAGCUGAAGGAGAAUGGUCCACAGGCUUCUGCGAUUGCUUCUCCGACUGCAAAAACUGUUGUAUCACAUGCUGGUGUCCAUGUAUUACAUUUGGCCAAGUCGCUGAGAUUGUAGAUCAAGGAUCAACCACGUGUGGUACGGCAGGAGCAUUAUACGCGUUAAUAAGCUUUUUCACGGGCUGUGGAUGUAUCUACUCAUGUUUCUAUCGUGGAAAGAUGAGAGCUCAAUACAAUAUUAGAGGCGAUGAUUGUGGAGACUGCCUUAAACAUUUCUGCUGCGAGGUCUGUGCUCUCACCCAACAAUACCGUGAACUCCAGAACCGCGGUUUCAAUAUGGAUCUUGGUAUUGGUUUCUUUUAUACCUUUUUCUUUUGUUGGGUUGUGAUUGGUUUGUUUAUCGUAUUGCUUACAAGUUAAUUGGUAUUUUAGGAUGGGCUGGGAACGUACAGAGGCAGCAGAACCAAGGCGUGGCGAUGGGUGUUCCUAGUGCUCCAGUCUUCCAAGGCGGCAUGACCCGCUAAUAUUUAUUCCUUUAUAUGUAAUUCAUUUUAGUCAAUUCAAUAAAACGAGGUCUAGUCCUCUUCGUGUGUGUUGUGUAAUGUGUUUGUUAUAAAGUGCUUUGUAAAAAAAAAGUGUUUGUUACGAAAAUGGUUGUAUCUAUUUGUAUAAUAUUCGGUCUAAGGAUAUGCUAGUUGGAGUAGUCAAUUUGCCUGUCAUUAUAUAGACGUCUUUGACUUGGCUUGGUCGAGAUUGGAUAGUAAACUAAUGUUUAACUCUAGCUAAAUAAAAGUCUCAUCAUUU